AUGCUAUCUUAUUUUGUAAAUAAGAUAGCAUUUAUUGCUGAUAUUGAAAAAGCCUUCUUGAACAUUUCAAUUUCUGAGAGACAUCGCGAUUUCAUACGAUUUUUAUGUAACAUAUGUCGAGUUUUAUUUGGAGUCACUUCUUCUCCUUUUCUGCUUUCAGCAACUUUAAUUAGCCAUGCAGAGCGUUAUUUAAAUUCUGAUCCAAUAUUUGUAAGUAGAUUACUAAGUUCUAUUCAUAUUGACGAUUUGAGUUUUUGCUCUGAUUCUGUAAUUGAAUGUUUUAAGUUUUAUGAAAAAUGUCCUUCCCGGCUAGGUGAAGCAGAUUUUAAUUUAAGAAAAUUUGAAUCUAAUUCGGUUGAGUUAGAUAAAUUCCUAUAUUUGCGCUUACAUUGGAUAAAAAAUUCUAAUAAAGUUUAUGAAACAUUUGUUCAAAACCGUCUUGAAAAAGUUAGAGAUUUUUUUGACUUUUCUCUUUGGGAUUACGUCAAAACAGAUCCUGCAGAUAUUACAUCUCGAGGUGCUAGUAUUGAAAGUUUAACUAAUAAUCAGUUAUGUUAUCCUGAUGUUCCUCCGUUACCUUUAAGUAGAGUAAACGAUGAUUAUGUUUUUAAGUACACAGGAAUUGAUUACUGUGGACCAUUAUUUGUGAAAAAUAUAUACUCUAAAGGAGAAAUAUUUAAGUGGUUGCGAAGAUUCAUUAGCAAAUUUGGCGCACCCUACGAAAUUAUUAGCGAUAAUGGAUCGUGUUUUACAGCUGAUGAAACACAACAAUUUGCAUUCUCAAAAGGUAUUUUAUGGCACUUCAAUGUUGCAGCCGCUCCGUGGUGUGGAGGAUUCUUUGAAUGUAUGGUACGUUCAGCCAGAAGAAUUUUCAGGAAAUUAUUAAAAACUGGAAGAUUAUCGUACGAAGAAGUACUUACAAUUCUUGCAGAAAUUGAAGUCGUUACGAAUAAUCGUCCGUUAACGUUUUUGUAUGAACAACCGGGAGACGAACCCAUAUCUCUAAAUCAUCUCGUGUUUGGCAAAAGAAUAAGUGUAAAAACGUUAUUAAUGGAAAACAGUUAUAAAAAUAAGGACAUAAAAAUGCGCGUUGUAUAUAAAAACUCUACUUUAGAACAUUUUUGGAAUAGGUGGCUCAGUGAAUAUUUAACAGAGCUUCGCGAAUUUCAUAAAGGUAAUAACAAAUUUGGAAGUAAAAAUAAUAUAAAGAAAGGUGAUGUAGUGAUAAUUCAAGAUGCAAAUUUGGUUCGAGGACUAUGGAAAUUAGGCGUUAUUGAAAACCUUUUACCGUCAACAGACGGACAAAGGCGUGCAGCAACUGUGCAAUGUGUCUCCGCUGGGAUAAUCACGUAUUUGAGUCGCCCAGUUAAUAAAUUGUGUUUACUUGAAGAAAAUAAAUUUGAUGUUGUUGAAACUACGUUUGUGAAUAAAAAUAACAAUCAGCUAUGUGUUACUACUGUUGGUUGCGGCAGUGUUGCGCUAAUCAAGUUAUCGUAA